AAAAAGCCUGCGAUACACAGAAUUCCCUUUUUCCAUCCCCACUUUUAUCCCCCCUCCCUCACUUUUUCUUCCACCCUCCUCUCAUCUUCUCCGUGCACUUUUACAGCAGACAUCGUGUGUUGCAGAGCUGACAAAGACAGCAGCACAUCUGCAGGCUCCCACGGAGACAGAAAGGGGCAAAGGAGGGAUUUGAAUUUCUUUUUUUAUUCUUCUUAUCUUACAGAAGGAGUUGCCAGCGUGAGGAAUUACGAGCAACGCUUUUUUUUUCUUCUGAUAAUCUCAAGGAUUCUUGGAUUUAUGCCUUUUUCCUAAGAAACUCACCACUGAAAUAUUUCUUGCCAUCCCCAUUUGGCUCAUUUGUUUGACUGGCAGUGGUCCUUGUGACAGUGGUGGUGGUGGUGAAGAAGCCGGGGCAGGCAUGGCCCAGCAGGCAAGCAUGGGGGUGACCCACCAGGACACCCUGGCUGUUCCCCCCAUGCCUAAACAUUCUGGGCUGAAUGAGGACCUGGUGAAGAUUCUGCGGGAGAACCUUCUGCAGCCGGAGAGGCCACGGGGACACCGGCGGUCACCCUCCUCCAUCUCCCCGCGCCUUUCUCCCCGUAACUCUCCGCGGUUGCUUCGUCGCAUGCUGCUCAACAACAACAUCCACAAACAGAGACGCUUCACCGUCGCACACACAUGUUUUGAUGUGGACAAUGGCACAUCAUCAGGUCGGAGCCCCCUGGACCCGAUGGCCAGCCCAGGCUCAGGACUCAUCCUGCAGGCCAAUUUUGUCCACAGCCAACGGAGAGAGUCGUUCCUCUACCGCUCGGACAGCGACUACGACCUCUCGCCCAAGUCUAUGUCCCGAAACUCCUCCAUUGCAAGUGACAUUCACGGUGACGAUAUGAUUGUAACACCAUUUGCACAGGUUCUCGCCAGUUUGCGGACUGUACGGAAUAACUUUGGUGCAUUAACUAAUUUGCAGCAAGACAGAGCAUCCAAUAAGAGAUCACCCAUGUGCAACCCACCUCCCAUCACCAAGACCACCUUCACAGAGGAGGCCUACCAGAAGCUGGCUACAGAGACCCUAGAGGAGCUGGACUGGUGCCUGGACCAGCUUGAGACACUGCAGACGAGACACUCAGUCAGCGAGAUGGCCUCCAACAAGUUCAAGAGAAUGUUGAACAGGGAGCUGACUCACCUAUCGGAGAUGAGCCGCUCUGGGAACCAGGUGUCCGAGUUCAUCUCCAGCACUUUCCUUGAUAAGCAACAUGAAGUAGAGAUGCCGUCCCCUCACAUGCAGAAGGACAAGGAAAAGAAGAACAAGCCCAUGUCUCAGAUCAGUGGCGUGAAAAAGCUGCAACACUCCUCUAGCCUCACCAACUCCAAUAUCCCUCGCUUCGGCGUCAAGACAGAGACGGAGGAUGAACUUGCUAAGGAGCUGGAGCAUGUGAAUAAAUGGGGCCUUAACAUUUUCAAAAUCUCAGAGUUUUCUGGGAACCGGCCACUCACAGUCAUGAUGUACACAAUAUUCCAGGAGCGAGAUUUGUUAAAAACAUUUAAAAUUCCACUUGACACCUUUAUAACGUACCUGAUGACCUUAGAAGACCAUUACCAUGGUGACGUGGCCUAUCAUAAUAACAUCCAUGCUGCUGACGUCACCCAGUCGACUCACGUGCUGCUAUCCUCCCCCGCCCUAGAGGCGGUGUUCACAGACCUCGAGAUCCUUGCUGCCAUCUUUGCCAGUGCAAUUCACGACGUAGACCAUCCUGGAGUCUCCAACCAGUUUCUCAUCAACACCAAUUCUGAGCUCGCGCUGAUGUACAAUGACUCGUCUGUGCUGGAGAACCACCAUCUGGCUGUCGGUUUCAAGCUCCUACAAGAGGAGAACUGUGACAUCUUCCAAAACCUGACCAAAAAACAGCGACAAUCACUGCGAAAGAUGGUCAUUGACAUUGUUUUAGCGACCGAUAUGUCAAAGCACAUGAAUCUACUGGCUGAUCUGAAAACCAUGGUGGAAACCAAGAAGGUGACCAGCUCUGGUGUUCUGCUGCUGGACAACUACUCUGACAGGAUACAGGUUCUUCAGAAUAUGGUGCAUUGUGCAGACUUGAGCAACCCAACGAAGCCUCUCCAGCUGUACCGGCAGUGGACCGACCGGAUCAUGGAGGAGUUCUUUAGCCAGGGUGACCGUGAGAGGGAGCGGGGCAUGGAGAUCAGCCCGAUGUGUGACAAACACAACGCAUCAGUAGAAAAGAACCAGGUGGGCUUCAUCGACUACAUUGUUCAUCCACUGUGGGAGACAUGGGCUGACCUGGUCCACCCUGAUGCCCAGGACAUCCUUGACAUGUUAGAAGACAACAGGGAAUGGUACCAAAGCACUAUCCCCCAAAGUCCUUCUCCCGCUCUGGACGAGCCCGAGGACGGCAGUCGACCUCCAGGAGGGGACAAAUUCCAGUUUGAGCUCACCCUGGAGGAGGACGGUGAGUCAGACACGGAGAAGGACAGCGGGAGCCAACCAGAGGAAGAUGAAGAGGAGGAGAACAGCUGUACUGACACUAAAACACUCUGCACGCAGGACUCUGAAUCAACAGAAAUUCCAUUGGACGAGCAGGUCGGGGAGGAGGAGGAGGAGGAAGAGGAGGUAGUAGAAGAAGAAGAAGAAGAAGGGGAGACCUCCUGCUCGCAACCAUGUGUUGUGAAAGAGGAGGUGGUAGAGGAGGAGGAAAAGGAGAAAGAGGAGUCUCCUGACACAUAGCAGUGUAUGACAGCACCUGAUGAACUGUUCUUCUUAGUAAUCACAGAUGAUGUUUUGUAGAAUGUUUUUUUUUUUUUUUUAGUUUUUGUGUGUAUGUUUUGUUUUGUUUGUUCAUUUGUUUUAAAUCUUCCACAUUUAUGUUUCCAAAGUGUGCUGCUUUCCACCAUGGCCACUCCUCUCGUCAGCUUCAGUCAGACACGCCCAUCAGUACUUGGUGAAGUUUUUUUGCACUCAGGAAACCUCCUCUCUAUUCCCUUUAGUACUGAAGUGGUGUGUCUUUUUCCACCUUAAGUCUCAUUUUCCUCCCCCUCCGCUUUGUCUCAGCCUUGCCUGAAGUCUGCUUUCUGUGUUGUAUUAAAGUGCCCAUGAUCUCCAGAGAAGGUAAUCCAUGGGACCGAGGACAACCUCCCUCAUGGUUUACGCCUUUCCUCCCCUCUGCCAAUUGAGAGACGUGUUGUGAUGAAAAGUGAUAAAAAGCUGCAGCUCACUGGGGAGCUUUUUUUUAUUUAUUUAUUUUUUGAGACACCUUUGGAAGUCUUCCUUAAAAACCUGACAGACACAAAGCCCAAAUCUAAUAAACAGCCAUGAUGCUGUCGUAGACCUCUUUAAUUUUUGUAUUGUAAUGUAUGUAUGAUUCAUAUAUUUUGUAGAAUUUUUAAAUCUUAGGCUUAUUUUAAUUUUUUAGCAAAAGAAAAAAGAAAAGGAAAAAAAGAUGGAAGAAAUGUCCUUUAGAAACCGGAAAGUGAGACUGGGGGAAAAUGUAUGGGCAUGCUUGGAGGGGAUCUAUACAGCUGCGAUGCUUUUGGGUGUUUUGAGCUGUUUGCACUUGCUCCAAUAGCAUUUAUACAACUAUUCUCAUGUGUCUGUUCCCAUAUUUAUUUAAUCUUCUUUGUCUGGAAUUAAUUCAUUUGAUGAAAACUUUCCCUUUUUUUAAGAAUCCUGUUAUCUUGCGCUUGACUCAUUGAAAUUAUUUUGAACAGAUGUGAAUGAAGCCUUUAAAUUUAUUAUUAUUGUUGCCUGCAGUUCUUUUGAACACACCCUGAGACAAUGCAAUGCUUUGUAGUCAAUUUUAAAACAAAAAAGCACCUUUUUUAGAAGCUUGAUUAGUGCUCUCUGUGUACAGGUAUAGAAAUGAUGUUUAAAAUUAUUUGGUAGAUUUUAUACCAAUGUUACAAAAAGCUUUUAUUUUUUAUUGUUGUGUUUCAUAAACACCAACAACAACAACCAUGUACUUUUGCUUGAUGAGCUUGCAAACGUUUUUAUAAGCUACUUGUCAUACACUCAAGCCAGGUCUUUGCUGUGCUAUAUUAAUUUAUUUUUGAAUAUAUUUUUGCCAUCCCAACACUGAACCUAGGUUUUUUUGUUUGUUUGUUUGUUUUUUUGACAAGACAAUCAGCUCCAUCGUGCGGUCGUCAAAGGAAUAAUCAUUAACGUAGAUACUUUAAUGCACUGAUAUGUUCAUGCGUAACCACUUUUAACUUGCAAAAUACCAAGGCUUUCAACAACGCUGUCUCACAAAACUCAUUUUCCCACUUCACAUAUAUUAUUUAUUAGAUUAUUUUGGAAUUUUAUUGAGUCACUUUUGCAAUAUAAAGGUGGUACAGUAAAUAUUCACUGUAGCAUAAACCACAUUACAGGCUUGCCAGUUACAAUACCCAGAUAUGCGUUUUUGUCUGUGUACAUAAACUGUAGACUCUCAACAAAUGUAAAGAGAAAAAGAGGAAAAAUACACUUGAAAUAAUGCACACUGCUUUUCUAGAAGAGCUUAUUUUAAUUAUGUGUCAUUUCAAAACCUUUUGAUUUUGUGCCAAGAUUUUUCUCUUUUUUUUCCAUCCUCACCCAAUGCCCUUACCUGUAAAACAAUUUUCUGGUUUUAUUGCUGUUUACAAACAUAUUUAUUGUGCUGUAUAUAAUAUAUAAUUGUUAAUGUUAUUACUAUCAUAAUGCCGUUUGUUGUAAAUGGUUGAUUCGUAUCAUCCCUUUUGGUGAUGGUGUGGCUGUACUGCGUACCUCUUGUUGAGAGAAUGUUUAUCACACACAAGACAGCGUAAAACGAUCCUGAGAGCUCGCUGAGUAAAGCGAAGGAGAGAGGGGAAAGCCAAAUUGUUUUUUGUUUUUUUUAACUGUUCCUUGGCCCAUGGGCUGUGCCUUAAAUUCAGCGCAUGUUAUUUACUUUAGCCUUUUUCUCCUUUAUUAUACAGUUUUUGCUGCAUUAGCAGAUCUCUUGGCUUAGGUUGUCUGGAUCUUCUCUUGCAAUUUUGUUAGGAAUUUUACAAAUGUUGCCUUUUUAGUAUAUCACAGUCAAACACAAUCCAUUUUCUCCAAAAACGAGGCACUGGGUAGAACGUGUUUGUCAGUGUAGAUGAUUGCAGAGAUUCAGGUCAACUACAAGUCAAAGAUUUGUUACUUGAGUGUUGUGUGGACAGCAGCCAGAUACCCAAGAAUCGUAUUUUAUUUGUAGACCUGUCAUGAACUAAUCACUCUGUCUCUGGCCCCUAAAAGAUGUGAGACAGUAUAUCAGAUUGAACCAAUGUGGGCAUAACUGAAAAGGCCACAGCAGGAGUGUGAAAUUGAUUCUCGACAGAGGUCUGCAAAGCACCAAGACGCACCUGGAUGUUCAGCCACUGCUGCAUUAAUUCUGGCUGUAACACUGACAGUGUGUUGUAUUAUCUGGCUUGGCCCACACGUCUACUCACAUUACUUGCAAUAUCCCAAACCACUAACAUCUUUCUGCCUGGACAGUCUGUAGAAAGCAGGGACUGGGGGGUGGGGGAGUAUUAUCACUGUCCCACGGCAGGGUCUCUUAUGUUGACACACAUACUGUAGAUUCUAACAGCCCUGGACCAAUGGAAACAGUGCAUUCUUUUCUCAUCAUGUGUUCUAUUUUUUAUGGUAUGAAAGAAAUACACAAACUGUAAAUUUAAGAAAAGGUCUUCAGGACAAUUAUUUUUUGGGUUAUGUCUUUAGAAUGCCAACCUGUCAGGAGGUUUCACAGGAAAACUAAAAUGUUAUUUUAAUGGAUCCUUGUUAAUUGCAGUCUAUUGGAUAGCACUGUAGAUCAUACAACUUUAUGUAAAAAAAAACAAAAACAAAAAUGGAUUCAAAAAAAGUUUUAUAUGCAAUGGAUUAAAUAAAAGCAUGAGUUGAUUCUGCCUACUCA